UGACGUGUGUUAUGUUUUGGUGAAAUACUGUCGCUUAGCGAAAAUCCGUUUUAGGCCUGAUUUAACGUUAUCUACUCCUUUGCAAUGAACAAAAAUAAGGCGAACAGCGUGUCGUGGGUGAAGCCAGCGGAGCCGUCCUUUCUGAAGAAGUUUAAAAACGAUGUUGGUUAUAAAGAAGGGCCCACUGUUGAUACUAAGCGCCUGGAGAUGCCCACCCUGGAUGAUGACAGCGGCAGUGAUCGGGAGGAUGAGUUACCUCAGGUUGUGGUUCUGAAAGCAGGAGAUCUGAGCGCAGAGGACGUGAAGAAGAUCAAGGGCGAAAUUCGGACUGGAGGAGGCGCAGAGAAAGAUGAUGAAGCUCCUCCUGAUGGCAAAAUCCUGUUCAAGAAACCAGCCAAGCGCUCCUCGUCAGACAAAUUCAAGGGCAUCACUGCCACGUCAAGCAAGAAGAAGAAGAGUGACGAAGUGGAGGAGGAGGAGAAGAAAGAGGUGAAGUCUGGAAAGAAAGUAAAAAAUAAUAGCCUGCUGUCAUUUGGAGGGGAUGAGGAGGAGGAAGAUGAGGACUAGAUGUUACUGCUGAAACGUAAGACUGUCAUUAACCCCUGCAACAGGGAGGAAUCAAAGUGACAUUUGAAUAUUUGAAUAGUUUUGGAAAGGACAGUCCCAGUCAUUUUGCAUGUCAAAGCCCACUGACUACAAAUAGCCUAAACUUGAUGUUACUAACAACUGUUCCAUUCAUCUAAGUGCAGCAUCGAACUGAAUUUUCAGAUUUUCAGUUCACUUGAAUAACAAAUCCAUAAGAAUUUUCAUUACCUGCGUUGUCUUUCUUUCAAAGUUCAUUAUCACUGUACAGGGACACAUUUCCAUCUCCACGUGGCGCAUUAAAAGACACUCUGACAUCCUCAAAUUGUGAUCAUACCAAGCACGAUCACAAUUGCAUCUUGUUUCUAGAUCAGUAGAAUCAGACAAAUAUGCAUUUUGUAUUUAUUAACAUUAGUUGUAUAUUUGGCAUUAAAUGAGUCAUGACAUUCAAACAUGUCUGAUACCAGCUGCGUACUGUUGUGGUAAAAACGGCAAAGGUCAAAAAUCCAAUUUUUAUCCUUAGGGACAAAACUGUAUUACUGAGCCGUCUGUAGUCCAAAAAACUAAUCCUAAAGACAAACACGGAGCACGCAGGGAUGUUGCCUUUAUUCGAAAUGUCAGUGACUCUCAAAUGUCAGACACUGCAGUGUGAGACGAGUGCUUCUUAUGAAUGCAUCAACAGGGAGUUUUUCACAGCUUCGAGAUGAUCUUUGCCAAAAGUUAAAGCAGUGUUCACAUGAGUUGUUUACCUACCUCAAAAAAAGUUUCAAAGCCCAGUGAGACAUUUUCUGAAUUAUUGAGGUGUACCAUAAAAGCUGAUACCAAUACUGAAAUGAAAGGACAGCCAUGAAAUACCUUUUGGUCAACAGAAAUUUAGGCAAUUUGUAGUUAAUGGGCUAAAAAAUAGUGUGAAUUCAUAAGUAGCAAACCCUUAUUCAUCAAACAUCUGGUAAGAGAACAUCAGCAGUAGUUAGUGACAGAGUUAAAGGGUAGCUGCGGUAUUUUUCAAACCUGUUUACCGUCGUUUAUAUAGACAGUUGUUGAAAUUAGACCAGUAUUAAGCGACAGGGCUGCAGCCAGCAGCCACAAAACAGACUACAGUGUAACAGUAACUGCCAGUUUACAUCCACUAAAAGUGCUUUUUUUUUGCCACUGACAUGAUUGUUUUCUAAAUAUAUGACAACAUUAUGGAAAGGUUCCCUACAGAGAUAGACCUUUUUGUCAAAGAGUAAGAUCAUAAAACACAACUCAUUCAACAAUCAUCCACUCUGGUUUGGUUAAAAUAAACCUUUAAUAUAAAAAUAUUCUAUCUGUAUACACGCAAAAAUUACAGUUAUUUUUGGAGUCUGGGGGGAUGAAUGAUAUUGAUUUCGGGGCUUUUUCUGGUUAAACAAAAGGAUCGUACUUUUUAACAAAAAGGUCUGUCUCUGUGGAGUUCUUUCCAUAAUUUUACAAACUUCUAUAAUAACCUGAGCCUGUCAGUGGCAGAAACAAACACUUUAAGUGGACGCAAGUUGAAAAUGGAUAACUGCCCUGAGUGGUUACAUUGCAGCCUGUUUAGCUGCUACCAGCUGCAGCAAUCUUGCUAAAUACUGGACCAAUCAAAAAGAUUCUUGUCUUCAUUUCUCACCAAAACAUGUGAAACACAGGUUCCAUGCUGAAAAAUAUCAAAGUUACCCUCCAAGAAGUCAGAGUGCACACUUUGCAGCGUUUUCUGCAGUCACAAACAACGAGAGCGAGGCUGGAGCUGUGCUUUGGCCGUGGUGCUCCUCAAAACACUCUAGCACUCAGUUACAUGCAAACUAUGCAAUUUAAUCUGAUUACUGGAAAAAAGCAACUCUAGAUUAAAAAGUGAGAGAUUGAUUGCUGGUUGUUAAAUUAUUAUUUUUGCCUAAUUUUACAUGAGCCAGUUGUCAGUUACCUGGUUGAUUGCAAUUAAUUCAGCAGUUAUUUGCAACGUCCUUUUUUUAAAAAAGGAAAUUAAGAGGAAAAAAAUGAACACAAUUUUUAAUGUUUGUCAAAAAAAAAAAAAAAAACAUUUUUCUGAUUAAAUCCAAACAGUGACAAACUUUCCUGUGCUCUUGGUGCCUUCCACUUUAGGAAACAAUAAAGCAAUCUUUUCCAUCCAAAAAGGACCUUUUAAGACCACAGUUACAAGCCAUUUACCUCCUAGUCACAGCAGCUCCUUGUGACUCGAUAUUGCUCUCCACUUCCUGAUAACACACAACACGUUAACAUUGUUGUCAUCAGCAGGUCAAACAUCUGCUUCUCAAACACAUUAUGAUCAGUCUGCUGCUUUGGACCCUCGACUCCUGUUUAAUUGUAUCUCUCUGUGGCGUUAUCAGAACUGUACGUGUGUUUUCAAGUGGUGUGCUCAUUGUUUUUAAUACAUUCAACAUGAUAUUGAAUGUAUGGACAUUUUCUAGCUUCGACAAAGGAGCUGUAACAGUUUAUGUAGAAACCAUGCAUUCUUGUCAAUGCAAUGAUAUGAUUUUUUUUUUAAAUGUGGAUUUGUUUUUGUGUGUCUUUUUAGAGAAUGGUCUUAGCUGUAACAUUUGAAGUAUAAAACAUUAAAUCAAAUCUGUACAACAUCCAGUAAUGUACACUUUGGUGUUUUCAGUGUGUGUGUGUGUGUGUGUGUGAGAGAGAGAGGCAGUGGUGCUAGGUAAGUUAGCAGUUGAUAUACACUAUUUACGACUGAUUACUCGUUAUGUGAAAAAAAAACAGAAAAACUUUGCUUAUUUCAAACAAUACAAAAUGCAUUUUUCCUCAGUCAAAGCUAAAGCAACAUAUUACAGAUACUGUGACAGCAUUUCAUAGCCUAUCCAUAAGUCACUUAAAUUUCACUUGUUCGAUUAAUCGAUUGUUGAGAAAUUGUUACCAGCCCCAAGUAGAAAGAAAAUAGUUCCUACAUGAAACCGCUCACAACACGGUGUGUGGAUUAUGAUUUCUGGAAAGAGACAUUGCUGUUGAGUUUUAAAAGACAAAAAGUAAACAUUAUUUCAACCUCUUUAUUCAAAAAGGCAUGUUUCAUUCUCACACCUGCAUCCAGAUCAUUACAAUUGAUGGAAGAAACCUUGACUUAAAAAUCAAAAACCAAACUAAAUCAUUGCAUUCGUGAUAGGACACUGCCCUUUGCUUUCGUCAUCGCAGCCUCCGUCCACGGAAUAAAUACACUCACUGACUCACUGAGCUCUGGGAAAACCAGCUUUUAUUUCUCUAAGGCCAAUGCUGUCCUCUCCACCUGGCUUUGCUCAAGUUGGCGUUUUCCUGAUUUAAAAACCUCACGACUCAAGUAGGAUGGCUUUUGCUUCUUGGAAAAUCUUCAAGAAACAAGAAAAAAGAGGAGUAAAUUAUAGGGAACGUUUGUUUCGCAGAAGGAAUGAAAA